AGCAGUGCGCAACAUCCGCUCCGAGAGUGAUGCGCGGGAUUUCCAACAGCUCAACGCUGCUCACGUACUCAGACAAUCGUGACAGAAUCGGAUGGGAUUAUCUAUGCUGUAGCUAGUUAGCAAGUCCACAUCAGCAACGCUUAUUGGGUUAAUGGUGCGAUAGAUUUGUCUUAUUUUUUAGAUUAACUUAUUCAAAUAUUGGUGUUAAGGACUUGAGACGAGAAAUUGUCCAUGUUUUUUUGUUUAGGCUGCUCGGGACAGGAGUAUUGUUACUUCUACAUCACCGAUUACUUAAAUGUGUGAUUAGCCUUCUUAUGAAAUACCAUUUAAACCAGUCAAAUUGCCCAUAUCGUUUCAUUAAUUUUAUCAGGCAAUAAUUGUACUCAGUGGACUGAACAAUGUUUCAUGUUGUUUCAUUAGUUAUUGUUUCAUUGACUCCCUGCCACAGGCACACAGCGACGUCAUCUCUUAAAAUGAACAAUGACGGGGACAAGCAAAAGCCCUCGGCCAAUGCAGAACAAGGGGAGAAUUGGUUUUACUGUGUUGUUGCUGUUAUUUAGCUAGCUUCCACAAGAUGGGAGCAAAUUCUGAAUAUUCCUUUAAAAAAAAAAUGUGCCUCAGGGUAUUAUUUUAGGAGUUGCCGUGUCAUAGGUCAAAUAAUGAACUGCACAAGUUUUGUUAUUUUGGCUCUGUUCUAGAGCACUAACGAUUUGAAAUUAUACAAAGAUUAUGGGAUUAACACACUGAUGUAAUUUGAGGGUAUUUUCAGACAUAUGUUUUGUACAUAGACCCCUCCCCCUUUUUAACAAUACCAACAUAUUUGGACACUUUGCUUCUCACCGUGUCUCUUAUUUUGCAGAUGUUUGUUUGCCUUAUUAGUGCAUGCACAGAAAAUGCUGUAAAUGUCUGGUCUUUAUUCUACGCUUUGCAUUUGCGUUGAGUCAGUUGCUGUGGUCUGACCGCACAAGGAACAAAGAUGUUACAGUCCAAGUAAAGCUGGCGGUCAUGAUGCAUAUAAAUCAGAAUCAAUUAUUCAGACACAGCCCAAAAACAUUAUGCAUGCCAAAAGCAGCUUGUUCAAUAAAGAAGAACGCAAACACUUGCUAGCCUUGUUAUGUCAUAGACUAGGGAUAGUCAAUGCUGACCCUCCAAGCCAUUUCCACUCCAUUUUUGCAUUGCAACCUUCUAAUCAGGGAUCUAUUUAGACCUGGGACACCAGGUGGGUCUAAUUAACAAUGAGGUAGAACAGAACCAGCAGGCUCCGUUCCUCAUAGGGUAAGAGCCCCGUCGAAAACCAGUACAGUGGAUGAGCAAAGAAUUCCCCCCCCUUAAUGAAGAAAGUAACAAACGUUGCACAUUUUCUAAUUAUGUAGGGCGACUAGGCAGACUCAUUUAUUGCCGUGCCACUUGCUGCACCUACCAUCUAAGACCCUUUUUGAAUCAGAAUGAACCCUGUUACUGUCCUAAUAAUUAAGGAGGGCACCAGGGUCGUAGUGAAAAUUGGGGACUCGGCCCUUGAAACUUUGAUGACUCUUUUGGGGACAUAAACUUGUAUUUGCUGUAACAGCUUGUAGUACAUUUUUACUAAUUGUCAUAAGAAAUUGUAAUAUUAUCAGCUCUAGAUGCUAAGAUCGGUGCUAUUUUGCAGUGUGAGUUUCGUGCCACACCCAUCCCAGAUGCCGGGGAGGGUCACAGUGAGUGUGGGUAGGCAGGCUCCAAUUCAAAUCUGACCACACACAUUGCCCAGGGAAAUCUCUAUUUCCCAUAGCUAAACACCAGCCUUCAAGUUAACUACCCUUUUCAUGGUUAAGAAAAAACAGCUCUACAAAAUUAGAGCCAGAAGCGUUCAAUUUAACAGUACAACUGCAGUCUACCCAUUUACUUCUUUUUAUGGACAAAUGGUAUUUGAUUUUGUCAUCUCAUUAAACCAUUGCUUUUUCCACAUUGCGUCCAGUUGACAGGUUAUUUUGACAAGUCUCUCUCUCUCACUCAUCUAGCAAAAAGUGCUGUAUUGUAGCCCAUACCGUCCAAAACAUGACACUAUAUGAGCAUCAGCUUUUGUGUUCUGUGGUAGAUCCGCCGGAUGCAUUUCAAAUGUAAUUUAAAGCAUCAUUUUCAGGUAGUUCUACAAUAAAGCAACUCUACUUGCAAACUUGAAAAAUAGUCAUUUAUUUAGGCAACACAGUAUUUUCUCAAACCGGGCUUGGUUUUAUUUCUGUAUUUUAUUCAACAAAAUUAAACAAUUUUAGUUGCAAAGUAGGUUUACAUUUAUCCAAAUAUGAAUAAGUUGAGUGAUAGGAUUCCAUUUUGGAACCCAGCUACCCUGCUGUUCCAGAAUCAAUGGUUUUGACCCUUAAAAAGUCCCAGGCAACACAGCUUACUCAUUUGCUAAAGAGACCAACAUGUGAAAUUACUGCAUGCAAAAUAAAGUCCCCAAAUGUUCCAGUACCGCCGACACAUGUUAAGAGUAUAUGUGUUAUCUCUAUGAUGGAUACGCAGCUGGAAUUUAGAUUGUAAUUUAUAUAUGUAGGGAGCUUCCUCCAAAUGGAAACCGAGACGCCAAACUUAAGCUAUUUGAUAAUGUCUGUGUGCCUUUCCAAAUACUAAUGACGUCUGGACUCUGACAGUUUCAGUGGAAUUGUCAAACCCAUGUCAACCCUCAACAACAGACUCAUCUCUGAAAAGAACCAGUUUUAGAACAAUCUGAGAUGGUGGGUGUCUUGAUGUGCUGAAUUUAAAUGGAAAGACUUUGGAGCGCUUUAGCUUUUCACACAGCAUAUCUGCCACAGCUGGCCCCAAGCACCUUCAAAUCAUUACAGAAGUUCCCUCCCUCUGAGGCAGGGGGUGUCUGCAUAUAAAAUGGCCUGCAGGUCACUGCUCCAUAGAUGCCUCCUCCUCCACCUCCAGCCCUUCUCCAUCCUUCCCUCUGGCCAUGGGAGGCCCCAGCUCCUGCACAGCCCCUUCGUCUUCAGCGACGGACCAGACUCAACACCACCAGAACCCUAGCGGUGCCCCCAAAGAGGGUUCUGGAGCCCCGGGUGGACCAGAGAUGCAGGGGGUGGAGGGGGCUAUGGCCGUCCCUGGAGGUAAUGGUGACAGUGGGACUAGCUCUGGAUCUGGAGACGCAGGGGUGGGAGCCCAGCAACAGCAGCCCCAGAACACCCCCUCUAAGCGGAGGCCUGUUUUGAGCAUCUCCCCUCCUCCGGAGGACCUGUUUGAUGACAGCAGCAUGUCAUGCCAGGAGGAUCCAGCCCAGGUCGGGCCAGCCGGCCCAGACUCUGAACACAGCAGUAGCAUCUGGGCUGAUGACUCGGCCUCUAACUUCAGCCUAGUCAGCUCCAGCUCCUACAAUGACAACACAGAGCUCCCACGCAAAUCGCGUAAACGCACCCCCCGCCAGCGCCCCGGGCCCAAGCCUGCCCACCCAGAGGACAGCAUGGAUGUGUUCGAUGCAGACAGUGCCAAGGCCCCACACUUUGUCCUGUCUCAGCUGGGCCCAGACAAGGCCAUCCCCAAGCCUAGUUCCCUGGAGGCUGGGUGCCUGCUGAAGGGAGGCCUGCUAUCAGGUCAGUACCCCCAAAAGAUGGAUGGCAAGGAGCUGAAGAUCCUGGUGCAGCCGGAGACCCAACACCGGGCACGCUAUCUGACUGAAGGCAGCCGUGGAUCUGUCAAAGACCGCACCCAGCAGGGUUUCCCCACGGUCAAGUUGGAUGGCGUCAGUGAGCCGGUGGUGCUGCAGGUGUUUGUGGCCAGUGACACAGGCAGAGUGAAGCCUCAUGGGUUCUACCAGGCCUGCCGGGUAACAGGCCGCAACACCACUGCCUGCAAGGAGGUGGACAUUGAGGGAACCACCGUCAUCGAGGUCCCUCUGGAGCCAAGCAACGCCAUGACACUAGCGGUUGACUGUGUGGGGAUCCUGAAGCUGCGUAACGCGGAUGUGGAGGCUCGUAUUGGGGUGGCUGGCUCCAAGAAGAAGAGCACCCGGGCCAGGCUGGCCUUCAGGGUCAACAUCCCCCAGCCUGAUGGGUCUGUCCUCACCCUGCAGACUACCUCCUCACCCAUCCUCUGUACCCAGCCAGCUGGUGUGCCAGAGAUCCUGAAGAAAAGUCUUCAUAGCUGUUCAGUGAGAGGAGGAGAGGAGCUCUUCAUCAUAGGGAAGAACUUCCUCAAAGGAACCAAGGUCAUCUUCCAAGAGAACCCAGCAGAUGACAACUCUUGGAAGGCUGAGGCAGAAAUUGACAUGGAGCUGUUCCACCAGAACCAUGUGAUAGUGACCGUUCCUCCCUACCACAAUCUGUCGGUCUCUUCUGCGGUUUCUGUGGGUGUCUACAUCAUGACCAAUGCUGGGAGGUCACACGACAUACAGCCCUUCACAUACACCCCAGACUCAGAGAAGUCCCUGGACAGGUCUGUUAAGACAGAGGGGUCUUCUCUGGCCAAUGCUUGCACCUUCCAGGACCACAUCAAGCCUCUGGUCUCUGAGCCAGCCCAGUCUGCUGGUGAACUGAUCAAACGACAGAAGGUCACUCCUAUGGAGGUGUCCAGUAAUACCCCAUCAACAACAGUCUUCAAUUCACCCGAUACGCUUGUUUCGGUCCAGCAAACCCUGGAGCUGAGCUCCAGCACCCUGCCUAGUGCAGAGUCCUUCCCCAGCCCAAUGCCCCUCCAAUCUGGGGAUGUGGACCUCCCCCAGGCCCCCGUAUUCCCUUCUCUGGAGCCCCUUGGCACCAUCCAGAAGCAGGAUAUCGCCCCCAUCACCUCCUUCUCUGUGUCCAGCGACAGCACCACACUACCACCUGUGCCCCCAGAGGUACCCCAGCAGUUCCUCCGGGACCCCCACGAGAGCUUGCCUCAGGAGCCCUCCAACCCGAGCGGUGGGUUGGUGGUAGUGGGCAUGUCCCCCUCCCAGACCCAGGUUCCUCUGUUUCCGCAGGAUGGGGUGGCCCAGCUGGAGAGGGCAGUGAGGGAGCUCCAGGCGGGGGGCAGCAGCCUGGUACAGCAGGUCUUGGAGGCAGCAGUAGCUCAGCAGCAGCUCAACUCAGUGCUUUACAGUCCCACGCCCUCCACCGAUUCCCUGCAGCAACACGUCCAGGGACAGCAACUCAACUCAGUGCUUUACAGUCCCACACCCUCCACCGAUUCCCUGCAGCAACACGUCCAGGAAACCAUGAACAGUCUGAGACUGGGGAGCACUGAGGCUCCUCUGGCCAGCCAACAGCACCUACAGAUACAACAACAACAACAACAACAACAACAGCAACAGCAACAACAGAUACAACAGCAGUUACAACAACAACAGAUCAUAGGUAACAUGCAGCAGCAGAUACAGCAGCAGCAGCAUCACCAGUUACACCAACAGCAAGUCCUUGGCAACAUACAGCUAGAACAACAAUUAUUGCUACAGCCACAUGAUCAACAACAAUUGCAGCAACAACAGCAACAGAUACUGGGAAACAUACAACAGCAACAGUUACAGCAGCAACAUCAACAGUUUCAACAGCAGCAGCAUGUCCUUGGCAACAUCCAGCUACAGGAGCAACAACAACGUCAGCAGCAGCAACAAGUGCUUGGAAACCUACAACAGCAGCAACAACAGUUACAGCAGCAGCAACAUCAUCAGCAGCAACAGUUACACCAGCAGCAGCAACAACAACAACAUCAAGAACAGUUACAGCGGGAACAGCAGCAGCAACAUCAACAACAACAGUUACAGCAGCAGCAGCAGCAACAUCAACAACAACAGUUACAGCAGCAGCAGCAGCAACAUCAACAACAACAGUUACAGCAGCAGCAGGUGUUUGAGAACCUCCAGCAGCAACUCCAGGCAGAGCUGCUCCAGCCUAAGAUCCACUCUUCGUCUCAGCCCCAGCAGCAGCCUGUGUCUCUUCUCCAGCAGGCUGGUGAGCUACUGACCAUCCAGACCUCUGGAUUCCCACAGCAGCCCCCCUCCCACACAUCACCCCCUCAGCAGCUCUUCCAGUCCCCUAGGCCCCUAUCAGACACCCCAAGCCCUCAGCGCCAGGUCCAGGCCGCACUGCUCCAGAACACUCUUACUGUGUUGUCCAGUGGUAGCCUCCAUCAGGAACAGCAGGCCUCAGGUUCCACACUGUUCCUUUCUCCAAAUACUCUCUCCAGCCAGGAGAGCAGUCAGCAGCUGGCGUUCCUGUCCUCCAUGGAGACUUCCUCCAGUGAGCCCCAGACGGUGUCAGUGUUCCAGGCUCAGCCUCACCCCCAGCAGACACACAGCACCCCCAUGGAACAGCAGCAGUCCCCGCAGCAGACACAAAUACCACAAACACCGCAGCAACAGCAGCAGCUUGCCAUGGCCCAGCAGGGCUCCUUGUUCCAGUCUAACACUUUGUCCUCUAGUCAGCACUCUCAGCCCCAGUCUACAGGCCUCCUCCUUUGCACUGCCUCCCUCAACCCACAGGCACUUCCCCCAGCCCUCCUCUUCAGUACCCCAGCCCAGUGUUCUACUAUGGGUAGCAACAGCAAUGCUCGCACCCAGGAAGGCCCUUCUUCCCUCCUGUUCUCCCAGCCCACCAUGGUGGGUGUGAAGACCGACCCAGCAGAGCCCAUGUCUUUCCAGGAUCAGAGCUCAACAGUAGGAGGGACCACUAGCUCCAACAGUCCCUCUCAACAGGGUCUGUUCCAGGGGCAGCAGCCCAUGCAGGUGGGUUCUAGCGCAAGCAGUGGCCCUCCCAGCCAGCAGGUGGAGCUGUUCUUGUCACAGGGUUCCCUGUCUGGUCUGCAGAGCAGCAUAGCCACACAAGAACUAGGAAACCAAGUUGCGGCAGCGGCAACCCUCUUUGUAAUGCAGAGUGGGCUAGGGGUUGUGGGUCUGCAGAAUACUACAUCGUCCCCCGGUCAUAGACCCCCCGAGCAGCUGUUCCAGACGGGGGUAAGCGGGAAUGUUGGCCAGCCAGGAGGACAACCCAACCUGUUUGUUUUUGGCCUUCAAAAUGAUUCUUCUCAGCUGAUGACGUCCUCUGGUCCUACAUUGUCAGUCCAGAGCCGGACUCAAAACCCCAAUCCUCUGCAAGCCAGCCACCUUCAGUCUCUACUGGACCCAAACAUGGCUCAGACAGUCACACCCAUGCAGACUAACCUCCAGACGCCCAUGCAGACUAACCUCCAGACGCCCAUGCAGACUAACCUCCAGACGCCCAUGCAGACUAACCUCCAGACGCCCAUGCAGACUAACCUCCAGACGCCCAUGCAGACUAACCUCCAGACGCCCAUGCAGACUAACCUCCAGACGCCCAUGCAGACUAACCUCCAGACGCCCAUGCAGACUAACCUCCAGACGCCCAUGCAGACUGGUCUACAAAACCCCAUGAGUAGCUUAGAAAACGCAAUGCAGACCAACACACAGACUGCAAUGCAGACCAAUUUACAGACUGCUGUAGAAACAAGUCUGCCAACCCCCAUGCAGACCAGUUUACAGACCCCCAUGCAGACAUCAAUGAGAUCCUCCCAGGACAUGGAAAAGAUUGAGGACCUGUUGGGGAGUUUACAGGAACAGUGAUCUUUACUGUGACCACAGAUACAGUACACAUUGUUCUGGUGAUGUUUGACUACACUUAGAACCACAUACUGGUCGGGGACAGGAUUUGUCUUCUGCUUAAAGUACAUCCUCUGACAUGUCAUGAAGACAUUACAGAUUUUAUUAGAAGUACUCAUACUUUUAAUUAAUAAUUUGACUGACUGUUGUACAUACAUGCAUACAUUCAGACAGACGGGCCGGCAGUUAGAUAGACAGACAAGCUGGCCGGCAGUUAGGCAGACAAACACAGGCUUUUUGAUAAAUUGGUAAAGUGGAGUGUUAAUGUAAGGGGAGAGCCGCUAAGGAAAAAAGAAGGUUGGAAGCGGAGAAAGAAGAGAAUUUUAAGAAGUGAUAUGUAUAGUGAAAGAAGAUCAAACACAGAUAGGUGUCUGUCCCUGUUCUUGUUAGGGAUAGCACAGCUUCAGUUGAUGCAUCAGUCCAACAUGACUCAUCGUAUCGCUUUGACAUUUACCAGUCUCUGAUCUCUUAUUAUUCCAAGAUAUCACUUAACAGUUAAUAAGGCUGUCACCAUUGUUGUUUUUGGUGCAUUUGUGCAACUUUGUGUUUUGGGGUGUAGAUUUUAGAUUUGGACAUGGAAGCAUUUCCAGUAUAUUGUAAAUGGAAGGAUGCUUUCUACUAAGGGAAGUGAAGCGUUGUGAUUUUAUAAACAUUAAGCACUUUAUAAACUGUUUUGUGUGACCAGCUAAUCCUUAUAUCAAUCUAUAGACUGUGUGGUUAGAGACAGUUUGUACUUGUUGGAAAAAGAAAAUAUGAAAUUCAAAUGUUUUUUGUCAAGGUAUACAUUUCAACACAUUGACCAUGCAUUUGUAAAUUUUUCAUGUCACUAUAUUUUUGGAGUAAUAUUUGAGAUUUUUCUAAAGAUGUCUGUGUGAAGUUUGGAAUUAAUCUAAAGCCUAUUUAUACUGAGUGGUCCAGUCAGUGUCUGUCUGUCUAUUCAGAUCUUCCCAUGGUGAAGACACAGCCUUUGUUUUGGUGUCUGUAACUAGGUUCUGUUAGGCUUUCAUAUCCCUGCCAACACCCCCACAAAGCAUACAUUUUUCUGUUGUGUGUGCUUGUGCGUGCUUGUGCAUAUGUACAUAGACGUUUUUUUGUUAUUUUUUUUUUUUUAAAUGAAGGAUUUACAACAUAUUGCUAUCUGUAGCCUACUAUUUACCUUACUGUACUGUAACAACUUGUGUAAGUUAACAAACUGUGUUUUACCGUGUGUGUGUGGUGUGGUUGUAGGUUUUGUUUGGUUUCUGGUUAUUGGUCUGACAGAUAUUGAAGCAGUACUGUCAGUGUUUAGUGCAGAGCUGUGAAGUAGGCAUGCAGUUACCGUCCGAUGCAUUGUCAACAGGGACUCACUGCAACACAAAGGCUCUGCUCCAAUAGCCACACUUGCAUAACAUUUAUUAUAAAGCAAUGCAUAGGUACUCUAGAGCAGUUGUUUUCAGCCUGUGGUUUGUCCCCUGGUAGUCCAGUGUUACUGCAGGUGAUCCAUUCAUUAUGUUAUGUGAGGAAAGAGUUGAUUCCUUCAAUUACAAAAACUGUUAGGAGUUUUAAUGUUAUUAUAAAGGAUUUAGCAUUUUCAUAAUGUACAUUUUACUUAUUAUAAUAUACAAUGUACUAAUUAUAAUAGUCAUGUAUCUUUUACUUUAAGUGAUUAGGACUACAUUUCAACAAGUAAAGCAGGUAAUUAAGGUAAAAUUAGACUUCACAACUGUAAUACUUAAGCAUUUGACAGUAAUUUGGUGGUCCUCGGCCCAAAAAGGUUUGGGAACUGCUACUCUAGUCUAUGAGGUAUGCUAUGCUGGGUUGGGGUACAUUUUGGAAGCGCACUGAAAUUAACAAUCCAAUUUUCUUCAAUGCUUUUCAAUGAGGAAAAAAAUAUAUUUGGAAUUGCCACCAACCCUGGUGUUAUGCUAGUACGGAUAUUGGAAUGUGGCCUGAAAUCUGUUACAUAGGGUGCAUUUACACAGGCAGCCCUAUUUUAUUUUUUUCCCAAUUUAUGGUAUUUGGACCUCAUAUCAGACCUUCUCAUCACAUCUUUUUGUUUUUGAUUUAAUAAAAACUGAUCAGGACAGGACUGGCUCCAGGAUAAAAUUAGUGGCAUUUUUUAUCAAUGGGAGGGCAUAUCUAAUUCCUAUACCAUUUGCAGUGUUUAAGGGGAAACAAAACUAGGGGCACAGAUUCUAUCUGGGUGGGGGGCAAUGCCCAGCUUUGCCCCCUAUGGAUCCAGGCCUGUAUCAGAAGUGGGCUGUCUAAACGCAGCCUAGAUAGCCAUUCUCACGUUAUCUAUGGUGCUAUGUGCAGGAGUAUUUACACUUCUAAUGUGACGUUUAUACUAACAUUUUCUACUCAUAACUACUGGUGAUGAUCGUGUGUUUCUCCAGUAGUAGCUGGUGAGCAGGCUGAGUGAUGGUAGUGUAUCAACAUGCUAUCUGGGCAGACUCCUGUUUUCUAAUUCUCUUGUCAUAUUUGUUUCAUUCAAACUAUUCUAAUGCAUUUUUUUUUUUUACUUGUAAUUUUAAAUGAUGCAGUUUUCAUUGGUAAUAUGAACUAGUUUUUGUACAAAUUACAAACCUGAGUAUAUGAGGUAUUUAUAAGUAGGGGAGUGUGGGGGAAAUUGGAACACCUUGAAUAUGUCACAGAAAUUAGGAAUGCUAGAGUUUUUUUUUUUUUUUUUUUGAGAGGGGGUUGAAAUGUUCUUUCACCAGCUGAAAUGUUCUCAUACAUUCCUGAACAUUAAUGUAUAAAAAUCGAACAACUGAAUUACUAAAUGUUGUCUAAACAUUGACAUGAUCGACUUGUCACUUGACUUUUCUCUUGCAAGGCACAAAGUUUGUCUGUUAGGGUUGUGGGUAGUUGUUACACAAUGUGCAAAUUAAAUGGAGACAAGUAGCCAGAUUAUGAAAACACAUGUUUUUUUUACUUGAAACUGAAGGUGAUUUGGUGUAGAGUACCAUAGAUGUAAAUAUAUAAUCUGGGUGCCAUCAGACAAACAAUGUACUAAUUGGCCUGGCAUAAACAGGACUGUAAUGUUGGUCACUUGCAUAAAAAGUCCUUAAAUAGUAUUUUAAUUCCGGUUUAGUGAGUUUUGGAUUUAUUUUAGGAGUUACAUCUGAAUCCAGCUAAAGGUAUGACUGCCCCUGGAAUGGAAGAAAAGGAACACCCGGACUUGUCAGGACAGAAUCGGUAGUGUGUUCUGUAUAUUGUAGACCUAGAAAUUAUAUUAAUGUUUUCGAGGCCCAUGUAUGCUUGUUGUAUUAAAGAAAUACUGGCCUAGUUUAAUUAGUCUCUGAGCAAUACAGUAGGUGUUAUAGUUUCCCCCAGUCUCACCUACAUUUGUAAGUUACUCAAUUCCCAACAGUUUUGCUUCAUGUCCUUUCCAUCCAAAUCAAGAUGGAUUUUAAACCAUGUUGCUCUACUUGGCUUUAGACAUAAGGUGAUACUACUGUAACUGUAUCUUCAAACCACAGUCAGACAUAUUAAAACCGAUGCAAUGAGACCUAUUCAGUUACUCAGCUCCCUAUGCUCAAGUAUCCAUUUGUUGACAUUUUAUCAUCUUUUAAAAGGUUCUCCAUUUGAAAAUUUGUAUUUAGAAGGCUUCUUACCCAAGAGUCAUAUUACAUAUUUUCUUAAUUGAAACAUUUGGUUUACAGUAUCAUGAAAUCCAGUUGUUUCGAGGUGGGUAAAAUAAAAGGUGUUCAUCUAGAACACAAGCUGUCUAAAGUAGACUAUGGGCAACCCAUAAUACAUUACAUUUCUAAGUGUGUACAGUUCCAAGCAUGGAAUUAAAAUGAUGAUUCCAUAUGUGACACGGUACUACGUUUUAGAUCGUGGCACCUAUUGAAAAUUGAUACUAUUCUGAACACUACAUUCAGUUUUACCCAUCCAAAAUGUUAGUGGGCACACAAUCAUUCACAAAUUUGAGCCUUUCAUUCCAUUUCUAUUGGAGAUUUUCAAGAGCACAUGGUAUUGUGGAACAGUAAUGCCUCAAAGCCAUACAAACAGAGAAAUCCAAGCUCUGUGUAUGUCUGUUAGUGUGAUGAAUGUAACUUUACCUCACAGUUUGGGAAAUAUCUUUUAGUACCACAUCUGCCCCCGACCAACUAACUACAGUAUAUACUGUUUUAGCAUCAUUUUGAGCCUUUAGUUCAUUGUACAUGUGUGGAAACAUUUUGUAUUGUUUUUUCUUGUUGUGUCUGGUUUCAUUUAAGCACUCUUUAGACCUAUUGUUUACUUAACAUUUUUGAAUAACUACAUAUUCAUUUGAAUAAUAGUUAGCUAAAGUGGCUAAAUUAGUUUUUGUGAAGUUCUCAGCAGUGUGUGUUUGACAGCUUCAGUGUCAUACAUUGAUCAAAUUCCCUGUUUCAUGACUGUCCAUCAUCCUGGUCUGAUGUUCUUAUUGGCCGGACUGACUCUCAAUCCUAAUACUUCAGUCUAGUCAGUGGCAGUGAUCUGCAUUUAGUUAUGUAACGUCAUAGCAAAUGCUGUGUUUUGACCUUGUUUUAAUGUCAUCCAUGAAUGGGUGCAGUUAUCUGGAUUCAGCUGUGAUCACCUUCACACUAGAACUGCUGUGCAGCUUAACUUGUCCACUGUAAACAUGUUGUAUUCCUGUUUGUAUCGUUAUCCUGUCCUUGUUUCAGGCCUGUUGAGAUUCAUAAUUGUGAGGUUAAAGGGAAAAGAGGUGGAGAUGGUUCUAACCAGGUAUUGUGAAAAGCUCUUAUAUUGGUAUGUGCUUAUCAGCAUUACUGUUGUUGCUGUGAAGAGCUUGACAUGAGAUCAAACAAAAACAUAAUAAUAAUAAUGACUCCUAACGCCAACAGUGAGCUGAGCUUUGUUAUCAGUCAGUUUGCUAACAAUUUUCACUCUGAGUUUUACUUUUCCUGUUUAAGUGUUGAGUUUUAUCUCAUCACUGCUUCAGUGAGAACAUUUAACAUUUUGAAAUGUUGACAUUUGCCUUUCCUCUGGACAUUCUUGUGAUUAUUUCUGUAAUUCUGCUGCUAUGUUAUAUGAAUAAAUAAAGAUGAUCUCUUUA